UUGCCCUCUCUUCUCCACAGAUUCCUCCAAGGAGAAUGGGUAUAAGAAAUCAUUCCGUGGUGACUGAGUUUCUUCUUUUAGGAUUGACUGAACAACCAGAGCUUCAGCUGCCCCUUUUCUGCCUCUUUUUAGGGAUUUACAUAGUAAUCACGAUAGGAAAUCUUGGCAUGAUCAUGAUAAUUAGGUUGAAUUCUCAACUUCACACUCCCAUGUACUAUUUUCUCAGUCGUUUGUCUUUUUUAGAUUUCUGCUAUUCUUCUGUCAUUAUCCCCAAAAUGCUGGCAGGAUUUUUACACAGGGAUAAAGCCAUCUCCUAUUCUAGGUGCAUGACUCAACUGUUUUUUUUCUGCAUUUUUGUCAUUUCUGAGUGCUACAUGUUGGCAGCCAUGGCCUAUGAUCGCUAUGUGGCCAUCUGCGACCCGCUACUCUAUAAUGUCAUCAUGUCCCCUCGGGUCUGUUCUCUGCUUGUGGCUGCUGUCUUCUCAGUAGGCUUCACUGAUGCUGUGAUUCAUGGAGGUUGUAUAUUAAGGUUGUCUUUCUGUGGAUCAAACAUUAUUAGACAUUAUUUCUGUGACAUUGUUCCUCUUAUUAAACUCUCCUGUUCCAGCACUUAUAUUGAUGAGCUUUUAAUUUUUAUCAUUGGUGGAUUUAACAUGGUAGCCACAAGUGUGACAAUCGUCAUUUCAUAUGCUUUUAUUCUUACCAGCAUCCUCGGCAUCCACUCUAAAGAGGGCAGGUCCAAAGCCUUUAGCACCUGCAGCUCUCACCUGACUGCCGUUCUUAUAUUUUAUGGGUCUCUCAUGUCUAUGUAUCUCAAACCUGCUUCCAGCAGUUCAUUCAUCCAGGAGAAAGUGUCCUCAGUAUUUUACACCACAGUGAUUCCCAUGUUGAAUCCCCUGAUAUAUAGUCUGAGGAACAAGGAAGUGAAAGCUGCACUGAUGAAACUUUUAAGAAAGAAAAUAUCUUCAUAAUGAAUAUGCUCUUUAUUAAGAUAUAUGUGUGUGUUCGUA